AAGAAGUUAAGUUCGACCGAUUUAAUUUCAGAUAACUACUUAAUAGCUAGAAUAUAUAGUUGACUGAAAAGUACCCUUUGCCUUGAUGGGUGUAGAUCACUAUCCACAUAUACGGAAACGCAUAUAUAGGCCUACACACAUGUGGGUAUGUUGAGAGAGCAUGGGUUUGAAACCAUCAUGAUUUUUGGCUGGGGUUCAGACUUUUCUUGAAAGCCUUGGGAUCAAAGGCAAAACAACAGAUUUAUCAUUAUUAUGAUGUAUUAUGUAUAUGAUGUAGGAGCAACCCUAAUCAUAACCCUGUAAUUGCAGCUUAGUUUUCCUGACCCUGUCAUCCCCCCUCUCUCCACCAUUAGAAGAGAUUAUUAUAUAUGUGGUUAUUCAGUAUUUCUUUAUAAUAUAUGUUGGUGAAGGUGCAAAAAAGUUUCAGUGAAAAGAGAGGUGUCUCUGAAGCUGGAGGGUAUAUUUCUUUUUUUUUUUCUUGCUUUCCUUUUUUCAAGGGUUGCUUUAAAGAAGGGACUUUAAAAGAGUGAAGAGUGCAGCAGAUACUAUGAAAAAGCAUAACUAAAACCACACACACACGCACACACACACAAAGACAGAGAGACUUAUGGAGUCUUCAAAUUUCCACCAACAACAUCACGAUCAUCAGCCUCUAUCGGAUUCUUCUUGCUAUGGAGUUUCAUGGUCCCAAAAUCCCAUUUUGAACAAUACGAGCAAUGAUACAAACUCAAGAGAUCAAAAGCAACACCUGGGCACUACUCCUAUGAUACAUGAGUUGGGAUUACCAUGGAAUACCAACAACAAUAGCAAUGUGACAAGCAUUAAUAAUCCGAUUGAAAGCUUCAUGACCCAUGAAUUGCGUCGUCUUGGAAGAACCAAAGAUGAAUUCUCAGGGUCAGAAUCAUAUCCAAAAUUUACAGAAAUGAUCAUAAACAGUAGCCCAACAUCGAGUAUCGAAGAUAUGCAGCUAAAGCCUGAUGUGUUGUUUAGAACAUUCUCGAAUGGGUGUCAAAUAGAGAGUAAUUAUGAUUACCAAAAUGGUUCGAGUCGAAGUUCAUCAAGAGGGAGUUUUAGCCAGAUUUUUCCGACGAUAAAUAUUUCAAAUUUGAAUCAAUCGCCAGCGAAUUCUUUUGAUAUGAACUUGCCUGCUUUGGAUCUGUUUGGUUCGCCAAGAUUUAAUGGGAGCUUUAGUCAUCCUUCUUCAUUCAAUCCUCAUCAACUUGGAAGCUUUUUCAAAGACACUUGUUUGUCAUAUGGGCUUGAUCAGAUGCAUCAACCUCAUAGGCCAGCAAUUUGCCCUAGUAAAAUAUCAUCAGCCUUCAACACAAGUACUACAGUUUGUACAGAAGCAAAGAGACCAGCUACCAAUUACAUCGACACAAAGCCUCCUCAAUCCACACUACCAAAGAAAUCAAAAAUGGAGCCGCGUGCCUCUUGCGCACCUUUUAAGGUUAGAAAAGAGAAAUUAGGAGACAGAAUUGCAGCCCUUCAGCAGAUGGUGGCACCUUUUGGGAAGACAGACACAGCUUCGGUGCUAAUGGAGGCUAUUGGAUAUAUCAAAUUCUUACAAAACCAAGUCGAGACGUUAAGCGUGCCAUACAUGAAGUCAACACAAAAGUCCAACAGAUUACCGACAUCAGGGGUUUCAUUAAUGGAGGAUGGAAACGAAGAGGCAAAAAGAGAUCUAAGAAGCCGAGGAUUGUGCCUGGUUCCAUUGUCGUGUUUGUCAUACGUUACUGAUGGAGGUGGAGGUGUUUGGCAAGCUCCAUAAUUAAUGUCAAGUCGUAAGGUUCGAUCAGCUAGGCCUAUAUAUCCACUUGAAUAAUUGCAAGUGAUUUGAUCAUAAAUAUAUAUUGUAACGAUGGAGAUGAAACUAGCUAGCUAGGGCACAAUGAAGCAUAACAAUGGCUUGAUAAUGAUCUCAAAGUCAUAGCUAACUGCGUUGGUGAAUUAAGAAGGCUUAGGGAGUUUCUGAUCAUAUGCUUUCCUGAAAAACGUGGAGCAAAUUUGGUCAUCUUUUAGAAUAUGAUGUUAAGGGUGGACCACGUUUGAUCCAUUGAUUAGUAAUUGAAUGUGCUAUUGUUUUUAUGAUCAUGGUUAAACUUUAA